AACUAGAAGUAAAAUUCUUUAAUCUGACCAUGCUGCAAGGUGUAUCGUACUGCAUUUGCAGGAGUCUACUAAACGAAUUUCAUUGAAUUGAUCAGAGGAGUUCAAAAUGGAUGUCAGUCUACUUUCAGAGGGACUUGAUACUCCAAUGCAAUCAGAAUGCAAUGGAGAAUUGUCCACUACUUAUCAAUGACGCCAUGUAGCUAAGAUGAGAGCAUGUCUCAACCAAUUUUACCAAAAUGUAGAAAGCAGCAACUAGGAUUCUUUCUUGAACAUGCUGUACAAUCUCGUAAUGCUUGCUUUUGGAAGUAUUUUCAAGCAUAGGGAUGGUAGUUUUCAAGAAAGACUUGUCAAAAUCAUCCCUUUACUUUUUUUUUUUUCCUGUGAGGGAUCAUAAUUGUACCUCUGUAGAACUCUUGGUAGAUUUUCCCUUUAAAUUAGCAUGUAGUACAAUUGUUAUUAUGUAUGUAUGCAUGCAUUUAUUUGAAUUGAUAAUAGUCAUGAAGCAUUUCCCUGGUGAUAAACUAGAUUCAAGUUUGUAGCUUACAUGGUCUUACCUCUUUGAACGGCGUUUCGUUUCUUUUUCCUUGUUCUUUUAUUCCCAGCGCAAUUUUCUAUCCAUCAAUAACUCUCAGCUCUUGGAAGAAAGAGCUUUCGUUUCAGCAUACCAUUUCACGAAAGAAAAAAGAGAUCAAGUUCGGAGAUUUCUACCCUACGUAUAACCGGGGAUGUGGAUUUGAAUUUUGAAGAGCUUCUGUAUAUGUGUCAACAUUGAUCUUGCCUAAACCAAUGUAGAUAUUCACAUGUUUAGGAGGGCUGAUCUUAGUACAACAAUCAUUCCCAGAUGGAGCCCUCUGCAGAAAUUUCUUUUAAGUUUCCGUCCCUUUCACUCCUCAUCCAAUGGCUACACAAAAAUCAUUGAGAAAUUUGGUCGAGAUCGAGCCCUGCAAUCUGGUAGAGCUUUACACGCUCACCUGAUUAUCAACGGGUUGGCUUGUAAACCCCACUUCGCUUCUAAGCUCAUAGCCUUUUAUACGAGUGCAAAAUUAUCCCAUGCUCAGAAGCUGUUCGAUGAAAUUCCCAAGUCAAAUGUUCGACGUUGGGUUGCUCUAAUUGGGGCCUAUGCUCGCAAUGGGUUGUAUCAGGAGGCAAUGCAUGUUUUCUCUGAAAUGCAAGGAAGGACGAAAGCCAGUGAGUUUGUCAUUCCUAGUGCACUAAAAGCUUGUGGGCACCUCGAUAUGCGAACUGGUGAAACAGUACAUGCUUUGGUGGUGAAAUAUGAUUUUGAGUCUGAUGCUUUUGUGAUCAGUGCGCUGAUUGAUAUGUAUUCGAAAUGUGUGAACAUCAAGAGUGCAAAAAGGGUGUUUGACAGGAUGGCGGAUAAAGAUUUAGUGGCUCUGAAUGCUAUGGUUUCUGGAUAUGUUCAACAUGGGAUUGUUAAGCAGGCAUUGGUUUUGGUUCAAGAAAUGAAGUUACUAGGAAUGAAGACCAAUGUCAUCACAUGGAAUACAAUUAUUGCUGGAUUUUCGCAAGAAAAUGACGAAGUGAUGGUUUGGGAAACGUUCAGACAGAUGCGCAAAGAUGGGAUUGAGCCUGAUAUGGUGUCCUGGACUUCUGUAAUUUCUGGUUUUGUGCAGAACUGUAACAAAGAGGCUUUUGAUACAUUUAAAUGGAUGUGAUGCGGGACGCGUCCGAGUACAGCAGCUACAAUCAGUGGUCUCUUACCUGCUUGUGCAACUGCAGCAGAUAUAAAACAUGGAAAGGAAAUACAUGGCUCAAUCGUGAUGGAAAUGGAGAAGGAUAUCUUUGUCAGGAGUGCUCUCAUCGACAUGUACGCCAAAUGCGGGUAUAUCAAUGAAGCAAGGGGGUUGUUUGACAACAUGCCUGAAAGGAAUACAGUUACUUGGAAUUCCAUGAUUUUUGGUUAUGCAAAUCACGGACAUUCUGACAAAGCAAUUGAACUAUUCAACAAAAUGCUAAGAGAGGAAGAAAGAGAGCUGAAUCACUUGACUUUUACUGCUGCUCUGACAGCUUGUAGUCAUGCAGAGGUACCACUUGGAGAGAGCCUAUUCCAAUUGAUGCAAGAAAAGUAUGGGAUUGAGCCAAGAUUAGAGCAUUAUGCUUGCGUGGUUGAUCUUCUUGGAAAGGCAGGGAAGCUUGCCGAGGCCUAUGGUUUCAUUCAGAGGAUGCCAGUGGAGCCUGACUUAUUUGUGUGGGGAGCAUUAUUAGGUGCAUGUAGACAGCAUGGCAAUGUCGAUCUAGCAGAAAUUGCGGCAGAUCAGCUGGUUAAACUUGAGCCUGAGAGUCGAGGAAGUAGUGUUUUGUUGUCAAAUCUAUAUUCUGCUUCCAGUAGGUGGGGAAAAGACGAGCUGAAGAGGAUAAUGAAGAAAAAGAAACUGAAAAAAUUUCCUGGCUGUAGUUGGAUAGAGGUGGUAUGAGACGUUAAACGUGGUUGCAACAAGUGAGUUGAUUCCUGAGCGGCCAAUUUCUAGCUUUAGAAAUUUGUCAUAGUGAAGUUGAUGAUUAUGUAUGGUUACCCUUUUGAGUAAUAAAAGCUUCUAUCGUU